ACAACCCUGCACCAGCCAUCACCAGUGACAGAUUUGAUCUGAAGAAUCAACUAAACACUCAUUUUAGACCACUAUGGCAUCAACAAACUGAUCUUGAUCUUGUGGCUGCAGACAGCAUGCUACUGCAGUGUUAAAGUGUGUCUUAAUGCAGUAUUUCUUCCCAAUCCUGGAUAUCAGUGUAAGCUCCACAUUUUUAUCAAAACUCCUGCUGUGACAUGCCAGAAAUCAUUUCAUCAGCUCCCUCCAGAGGUUAAUGUGGAAGUGCCCACAUUGCACUAGUUAUGAAAAGACCAGGAUUGGAGGGCUGAGUGGGCUGGAGUUGAGAGUCUUUUCCUGCCAAACACUGAAACACUUAUUUUUAGAGUUAGCUGUGAACCAACUCUGCAUGACAUUUUUUUUUUCCAAUUCUGCUCCACAAUGUAUCUGAAGUGCCUGCUGAUCUGUCAGCUUCUUGCCAUCGUGCUGGUGGAGGACAGCCUGGCACUGACCUGUAACCGCUGCUCCAUGCUGAAAUGCUCGUCAGAUCUCAGCUGCCCUGGAGGGAAGGUGAUGGAUGUAUGCGGCUGCUGCCCUGUGUGUGCCAAGGUGAAGAACGAGGUGGCCCAUAUGACAUAUGAAGAACCGCACUGGUGGCCCAUAUGACUUCCUUGGUGUCUGUGAUCAGGGCCUUGUAUGUGUGGAGAGCACACCAACCACAUUCAGCGUGGGAGUAUGUCAAGCCUUCCACAGCUACAUGUUUGGAGUCAGGACAAAAAAGAUAAAGAUACUACGGUUGUGGCAGCGGGGACGUGGUCAAGCGCCGGUCUGUGACAGGAGGGCGGAGCCAGGGAAGGUGAGUGGCAGAAUCACUACACCUGAUGGUAAUUAACCUGUGUUUUUGUGUCUUCCCAGUAACCGCGCCCUAUUUAAGGAGGCAGAGGGAGGCUCUUCCCGGGACAAGAACACAGCGUGUGUGUGUGUUUCUCUGAAAUAUUGUUAAACUGAAAAGUCUGGCAAUAAAGCCUGUUACUUACCUUAAGCUUUGUCCUGCCGUCCUCUGUGCUCCACCCACACCUAAGGGACAUUCUACAGCGGUGCCGAAACCCGGGAAAAGGUGGAGCACCAACCCAGCAGCCCCAUGGAAUCCUCCCCGUUCGCCGACCUGGUCCACGCCCUCGCCACGGCUCAGCAAAGCCAGCACCAGGUGCUCGUCACGCUCCGAAAGGAACAAGAGCGGCGCUUCGAAGCCCUGGUGCUGGCCCAGCAGGAAGAUCGCGAGGCGUUCCGGCAUCUCCUCGCGUCGGCGGGGUCCACCAGCAUCCCGGCCGUGGGCCCGUCUCCCCUCACCGUGACCAAGAUGAGCCCGCAGGACGACCCCAAGGCGUUCCUCACAUUGUUUGAACGGGUCGCCGAAGCCUCGGGGUGGCCGAUGGAGCAGUGCGCGGCGCGCCUCCUCCCCCUCCUGACAGGAGAGGCGCAGCUGGCCGCGCUACAGCUCCCCGCCGACCGCCGGCUGGCCUACGCGGACCUCCGCCGGGCCGUCCUCCAGCGCAUGGGGCGCACACCAGAACAACAGCGUCAGCGCUUCCGCACGCUGCGAUUGGAGGAAGUCGGCCGGCCGUUCGCGUUCGGCCAGCAGCUCCGGGAUGCCUGCUGGCAGUGGCUGAGGGCCGACGAUCGCGACGCCGAGGGAAUCAUUGAUCAGGUGGUGCUGGAGCAGUUCAUUGCCCGCUUACCAGCCAGAACCGCGGAGUGGGUCCAGUGCCACCGCCCGGCGUCGCUGGAUCAGGCAGUAGGACUGGCGGAGGAUCAUUUGGCGGCUGUUCCGGUGGCAGGACAGCCGACAACGUCUUCUCUUCUCUCCUCUCUCUCUUUCUCCCCUCCCUUUUGUGUCCCAUCCUCGCCCCAUUCCCCCACCACGGAGACGGGGGCCGGCUCCACCCCAGCCGGCCCGCCGCACCCGUGGUGCCCUCCCGUUUCUCCCUUCUGUGUCUGUCUCCCCCCCUCAGGUGAGUGAGCCCCAGAGCACCGGUGCAGAGGGAAAGCCCGGGCUGGUUUGCUGGCGCUGCGGGGAGCCGGGCCACCUGCAACAACAGCGCGCAGCAAUGGAGGUGGGCGCGGUGGUACGGAUCCCCGACGCGCCAGAGGCCGCCCUCGAUCGGGCUGGAGUGUAUCGCAUACCGGUGAGUGUCCAAGGGGCUACAUAUCAGGCGUUGGUGGAUUCUGGUUGCAAUCAGACCUCGAUCAGCCAAAGCCUGGUGCAAGACGAGGCAUUGGGGGGAGCACAGGGGGUGAAGGUGUUGUGUGUGCACGGGGAUGUUCACAGCUACCCUU